UGCUGAGUUGUUAUUAGUGAGUCUCAGUAUUUUACAAGACUACACAAAAACAAUGGGAGCAUCCAAAUCUUUGGAAAGUAGUGGUGAGGUGAGAAUCAAACACUCUCUGAUUAAGAAUGAGAAGGAGUUUGUAGUCAAAAGAAAAAAAGCUGUUCUACAAAGUCUGAAGAAUCUUAAAAUAAGCUGCAGUCGGGAUAAAGUGCCACACAUUGCAUUACUGGGUUCUGGAGGAGGACAAAGAGCCAUGGUGGGUUUAUUGGGAUCCCUGGUUCAGCUUGAUAAAGCAGGUCUUCUGGACUGCAUCCUUUAUCUGAGCGGAGUCUCUGGAUCCACCUGGUGCAUGGCCUCCUUAUACCAAGAACCAGACUGGUCCACCAAACUAGAGACUGUGAAGAACAAAAUCAUUGAGAGAAUCAGCGGACCAGGAGUCAGCUGGGGAGACGCAUUGACUAAACUGAAGAAAUAUUACUACGGGAAAGACAUCUUCAGCUUGACUGACGUCUGGGCAGUGCUGGUCGUCACAGCGUUUGUAAAAGAGAUCGACGAACACAAAAUCUCAGAGCAGCAGGAUCAGCACAAUAGAGACCCGUUUCCCAUCUACACAAUGAUCGACAAAAAAUGCAAACAGCAAAGAGAUGGAGACCCUUGGUUUGAGAUCAGUCCACAUGAAGCAGGUUAUUCUCUCACUGGAGCAUUUGUGGAUACUUCCAGCUUUGGCAGCCAGUUUGACAAUGGCUUAAAGAAAAAACAGCAGGAUGAAAUUGACAUGCUGUAUCUGCAAGCUCUGUGUGGCAGUGCCUUAGCUGAUGUACAGGAGAUGGACUGUAAUUUCCUCUGGAAACGAAUAAAAGAUUUCUUUACUCAUUCAAUACUUAGAAUAGAAACAGGGAUGUUCGAGGAAAUUGGGCAAGACCCAAACUCCCCACCUGUUGACAAAUGUUACCAGGUGCUCAUGGAACUUGCAGACAUGAAUCUCUCUGUUUUGAAUGACAAAGACCCUUCUGAAAUUGAUAAAUCUAUCAGAACAAAGCUGAAAGACCUCGCUGGAGGAAAACGUCAGCUUGUCUUUCCAGUGCAAAAACUGAAUCUUUCUGACAAAGAAGCUGCACAACUGUAUAUGAAACAAUACACAAUGGAUGUAUGCAACUAUUUGAAUAGUUGGUUCAGUUUUUGGCCAUUUGAUGUUUGCUUCAGCAUUUGUAAUUGCAUGGUUAUGUGGAUCUGGGGAAGAAAAUAUGACUUUCUGCAUAACAUGGCAGAUAAGGCAGUGCCUGAUGCUCUUCUGGCAAGUGAAACAAGAGACUAUAUAGAUGCUGGACUGUUGCUGAACUCACCCUACUUGUCAGUUCUGAGAAAAGAAAGAGACACUGACCUCAUAAUUUCCCUGGAUUUCAGUGAAGGCGAUCCUUUCAUGACGGUGAAGGAAGCUGCUGAAAUGUGCAAUAAACUAAAGAUACCGUUCCCUGAAGUCAACAUUCCCAACGAAGACACAAAGAAACCAAAGGACUUCUAUGUGUUCAAAGGCAAAAAUGCUCCAACCGUGAUUCACAUCCCUCUGUUUAAUUUGGGCAACUGUGGAGAUGAAAUUGAGACCUGGUGGAAGAAAUAUUCCACCUUUCAAGGAGCUUACAGCCCUGGGAUGAUCGCUGAUCUCAUGGAGGUUGCUGGAAAAAACAUCUCAAACAACAGAGAGAAACUGCUGGAGCAGAUUGGUGCAGCCGCUGGGCUGAAAAAAUCCUAACAUUAAUACAUUUAAUGAUGAAUACAAGUCUAAAUAAUAAAACAGUCUAAAUACUGACUACACUGAUCUACUAAACUUAAUUAAAACUUACUAAACAAAACUUACUAAAUCAGCAUUACUUCUAAUAUUUAAUCAGUAGAAGAGCAUCAAAUGCUAAGGAUGCUUGCACUU